UUCUGCCGGAACUUCCCGGAGUCAAUUAGAUGUUGUACCAAGCCUGGUUACCCUGGUAACAGGCGUCGCGGUUUAUCAAGGGACCGAGCGAAGAGAUUUAAGAGGCCUAUUUACUGGCAAUCAUGGAGAUAUCCUCAAAGGGUCUGCUCAACCAAAUUACUCAAUUCUGGAACCUCUUAGACGAUAUGGCUGAAAGUGACCCUGAGCGCUAUGAGAAGUUCAUUCAACAUCAGCUGAAAGAGGGAAAAGAGCUCUGUGCUGCCCCAGAACCACAGCUCUGUCUGCAGACCAGGAUCUUGAAACCAAUGGAAAAAAUACUUUAUAUCAACUUAUGUCAGUGGAAGAGGAUCCCACCUCCCCAAUCAUCUACUUAUCCAGUACCUCUCAGUGUUGGCAGAGCAGAAGAUAUAUUUGAGACAUCAGAUGCUUACACAGUCAUCAGUGUUGCCUACAAUCCUGAUGUUGUUCAGGCAGCAGAAAAGGACCAAGUGAAAAAAGAUCAGUUAAUACGGAUGGCCAUGAAGUGUAUUGAGGAACAACUGCAGUUUACUCUCUCACACUCUUAUCAUAUUACCAAAUUUAGAAUAAAAGGAAGCAUUCAAAGAAUGAAACAAAAUCUGAUGCGAAUCCAAACUGAUCCCACAAAUUUAAGUGAGAAAAUGAGAAAGGAACUCACUCUUGAACAGAUAAACAGUACUGCGAGCAAUUCAGAUCACUUUCCUCAGCUGUUACUACCAAAAACCCAAGCUUCAGGCAAAGGAAAUUGUCUGAUAGAAGAGAUUUCCAGUGCUGAAAUCCAGGUGGAUAUGAAGAUACCAGCCAAUGAAUUAAAAAUUAUAAAUGAUCAGAAUGAGAAACCUCUAAAAAUUGAACUGAAAGUUGAAUUACCUGGUAUUAAUUCAAUCUCCCUCUGUGACCUUAGGGUUUCUGAGGAUGAUUUAUUGAUUGAGGUCUCUGAGAAGUACAGAUUACAUCUGAAUCUUCCAGAAACUGUUGAUACUGAAAAGACUACAGCAAAAUUUAUCAAAGAGAAAUCUACAUUAAUCAUCACAAUGCCAUUGGUAUGAAACAAAACCAUCAUAUUUUGGGUUUUCAGGGCUAAGGUCAUGUGACUUAUAGGACCUUCAUUGUGGGUAAAAGUGUUGUGA